AUGGUAAAAACCCACCACAAUCGUGUUUAUUUUGUCGAGUACAGGAGCCCCAACCCUUACUCCUUCCUCCCCUCGUAUCAAUUUCUUACAGAAUUGGUAACUGGAAAAGAACCACAGGAAGGAGAUGAGGAUAUGAAUCUAGCAGAAUGGGCAUGGAGGUAUUUCUGCGAAGUGAACUCCAUGGUUGAAGCUUUGGACCCAAAAAUCAAAACAGUGGUGGUGCGGAGGUGGUGGAUGCCUUGCCUCAUCGGUCCUACUCUCGUUUCUUUGUUAUCGGUGAUGUUCGUGGUGAGACGGGGAAGGAGUGGUGGAGCAACGGUGGUGGGGUGUAAUAUCGGACCAGAGGAGGGCGAUGACAGGUAG